UCUGAUAGUACAGUACUGGUUUGUCAGACACGGGUACAAGCAUCAACUAUUACCUUUCCAGAAAUUUUAUCGAAGCUUCCUCAACUUGGAGUCCGUGGGAUAUACGCGGGGUCUAUUCCAGCUAUUCUAGGUCAAUUUUCGAGCCAUGGUUUGCGAACUGGAAUUUUUGAAGCAAGCAGACUUGUUUUAAUUAAUGUUGCACCAACACUUCCAGACAUACAGGUUCAAUCUGUAGCAUCGUUUUGUAGCACUUUUCUAGGGACGGCAGUGCGAAUACCCUGUGAAGUGCUGAAGCAAAGGUUGCAAGCUGGUCUAUUUGACAAUGUGGGGGAAGCUAUAACUGGAACUUGGCAGCAAGAUGGUUUUAGGGGAUUUUUCCGUGGGACUGGUGCCACUCUGUUUCGGGAGAUUCCUUUUUAUGUUGCAGGAAUGGGCCUUUAUGCUGAAUCAAAGAAGGUAAGUUUAAUCCUAAUUUAAAAUCAGAUAUUUUCUUGUACUUGGUUUCUGAUCUUUGUCAGGUAAUUUGCUCUCUUAGCUCUUGGUAUACCACGCAUUUAGGGUUAUUUUAAACUUCUUCAAUUAUUUAUCUUUCGAUUUAACUGAAGAAUUUAAAAAGAUAAGGGGGAAAAAAAGGGUCCUGUAAGCUCAUCAGAGAUGCUGCUUAAAGGGAGCAGUUUUGCUGGGUGCUGAAGUGCUACUUUACUCAGUAGCCUUUUACUUUGGUGCCCGGUUCGCUGGUGAAUAAAGGUGUAUGGGAGUAAUAGAUAAACUGAACAGGAUCCUCUGAGAUAUACGGUAUUUAUUAGGAUCAGUCCACCUGGUCGUACAAUUGUUGGCACUCGACCAACAAAAGAGAUAACUAGAAGUUAUGACUUACAGAAAAUGGGAAAAGAUGUUCUAGAUUCAAUUGAUACGAGAAAAAUCAACAGUAAUCAUUGUUCAUUUUAGCCAAAUCGAUAUAAUGUUAGAAGACUGCAUAAUCAAGGAUUUGCCUAUUAAUUAUGAGGUAAUCACUUAGCAAGAAUCUGUAUGGUUCCUUGCAUCUAAUGAUUAUUAGUUAUUUCUGUUCUUGUGAACUUGAUAAAGAAAUUUUUUAUCAAUAUUGGUUUUGACGUGAUCUGAUAAAGAGUAAGCAGCUAAUUUGUAGAAUGCGUACUGGCAAGAAAUCUCAUUAAUAUAAGGCACGUCACUGGAUCUUUUGGACCGGUCCAGUCUCAAGUGCAAGUCACUGCUUAUUUCUGAAUUUAAAUAAUUUUAAGAAAAAGAAAUUACUUAGGUUGGCUUUCCAAAUUCCCAAGGUUAGACGGACUGCAUACCAUGGAA